AUGUUUAAAAUAAUAUUGAAACUAAUAAAAACUUUAUUAUUCCCAAUAUUAACUUUGCUUCAUUGGAUUACUAAAAAUUAUUCUCAUAUUUUCGCAAACCUUUAUGACUAUUUUGAUUCAAAAACAAGAUUAAGAGAAGAUUUCCACAUUGCUCCUUAUUUUUUCAUAGCACUAUUUUCAUACAUAAAGUCAUUAAUUAUUACCAAAAAAUUCCAAUAUUGGUACAUCUUCGAAUCGAAGGUUUCUAAACACCCUAAGAAAUUAUGUUUAGUCUAUCCUAACUUACAAGCCAAUGGUGAUUUCAAUAUUGAACAAUACACCUAUAAAGAAGUUUAUGAUAUUGUUUUAAGACUAUCCUAUUAUUUACACAACGAUUUGAAUAUCAAAGAAGCUGAAAUUGUAGGAAUGUACUACACCAAUAAGCCAACUUUUAUUUUUUUUUGGUUGGCUUUAUGGAAUUUGGGUGCCAUCCCAGCUUUUAUGAAUUACAACUCAACUGGUGCACCAUUAAUUCAUUCCUUAAAGAUUGCCAACAUUAAACAUGUUUUAAUUGAUCCUGAAACUAUUGACGUAUUUACCCUGAAUAAGCCAGAUAUUAUGCAAAAUUUCCCCUAUAUUAAGUUACAUGAAAUCAAUGAAGACAGCUUAUAUUCCAAUGUAUUGUUUAACGCAGAAAAGUAUCCUAAGUUUAGACAGUCAGAUAAGAUAAGAUCGCCCAAAACUUUGACUGACUACAGUCCUGCCUGUUUAAUUUAUACAAGUGGUACAACAGGGUUACCGAAAUCAGCCAUUAUGUCAUGGCGCAAAGCUUGUUUGGGUUGCAGUCUAUUUGGUCGUAUUUACCAUAUGAAUGGAAAAAACAGUGUUGUUUUCACUGCAAUGCCUCUAUAUCAUUCAACAGCUGCAUUAUUGGGUGUUUGUGCAGUCUUUUCUCAGGGUGGCUGUGUCGCGUUAUCUCAUAAAUUCAGCGCAAGUACGUUUUGGAAACAAGUUUAUCUAACAAAGGCCACCCAUGUCCAAUACGUUGGUGAAAUUUGUCGUUACUUAUUGAAUACAAAGCCCAGCCAAUAUGAACAGUUACAUAACGUGAAAAUUGCUUAUGGUAAUGGUUUACGUCCCGAUAUAUGGACUGAUUUUAAAAAAAGAUUUAAUAUCCCUGUUAUUGGUGAAUUUUAUGCCUCCACCGAAGCACCAUUUGCUACAACCUCCUAUCAAACAGGAGAUUUUGGUGUUGGUGCUUGCAGAAAUUACGGACCAUUGGUAACUUGGUUUUUAUCUUACGAGCAAAGGUUAGUUAAAAUGGAUCCAAAUGAUAGUGCCAAAGUGUAUAGAGAUCCUCAAGAUGGAUUAUGUAGAGAUCCUGAGAUUGGUGAGCCAGGAGAAGUUUUGAUGAGGAUUUUUUUUCCGAAAAAGCCAGAGACUUCUUUCCAGGGCUAUUUAGGCAAUAAAAGUGCUACUGAUUCUAAAGUUUUAAGAGAUGUGUUUCGUAAUGGAGACGCUUGGUACAGAUCCGGUGACUUGUUGAAAAGUGAUAAGUAUGGAUUGUGGUAUUUUGUCGAUAGAAUGGGUGAUACUUUUAGAUGGAAAUCGGAAAACGUUUCUACAAAGGAAGUUGAGGACCAAUUUAUGCAUACUGCUCUUGGUGAAAAGUGUAUUGAUGAAAUAGUUGUUGUUGGUUUGAAAGUUUUAAAUUUCGAAGGUAAAUGUGGGUUUGCAUGUAUCAGUUUGAAAAAAGAUGGGUCUAAUUUUCAAAGUGUUGAACAACGUGUUGAAUUUUUAAACAAAAUUCUGGAAACAUUAAAUAAGAAUUUGCCUAAGUAUGCUCUACCUGUAUUUGUUAAAUUUGUUGAUGAAAUUGAGCAUACCGAUAAUCAUAAAAUUAAAAAGACCAGCUACAGUAACCAAAUGUUACCACAUGGUUCAGGUAAUAAUGAAACACUAUAUUUUCUGCGUAACUAUAAAAAAUAUCAAGAAUUAACAGAUAAGGACUGGGAUGAUAUUAAAAAUAAUAUUAUAAAAUUGUAA